CAGCGGACGACGCCGUUAUGAUGGACGUCUUGAUCACGCUGGUGAACCGCACAGUGGACUGGUAUAUCAAAUGCAAAUAUGUCUGUGUCUGGAAGAGUGCCAGGCUUGUCAUGCAGGUUUUCCAUGACCCACGAGGUCUGGUAUGUAGGACAUAGCAUGACAGAUUCUGUGAGAGUCCUAUCUUCAUGCCUCUUCUGCAUGAGAAACUGCCUCUCGAUUAGGUCAAAAGUAGACAACUUUUGGCAAUCAUGCAACACAGAUUUUCACAUGAUUCACAUUCAGAUUGAUUCAGCGCGACAAGUUGCAUUCUUCCAGACCCAGACAUAUUUGCAAUCCAUAUGGUACCUGAACGAGAAGAUUGUCCGCGCCGCCGUCUUAUCCUGUGCAAAAGUAUCGUACUCGUACUACUUGCAAUCAUGCAUGACAAAUCUUGUUUCGUAGCGAAAUCAGCAUUACAAAUUCCAUUUUUCCUUCUGGAAAAAUUUGUAUUGCGAUUUAUACUAGUACGAUACUUUUGCAAUCCAUACGUCUACCGUUCCACGUGGCAGGCUGAGAUCGUCCCGCGAUUGGGCUCCUUCGGGAUGCUCCCCUGGGUGCAGCCGGAGAACUACACUUUCCGGCUGGAUUUCCGCUACAACGAGGACAGGUUGUGUCUGAUCGCGUUGUUCAUAUGCAAUACAAAUUUCCCGUACAUGUACAAGAUGCGUCACAAAUUUCCCCAAUUUGAAGUGUGAAACUUGUCAUGCUAAACUAGGACCGAGGCCAAGUUUUGCCAUGCAGAGGACGCAUUUGUACGUGUACAGGAAAUUUACUGUGGAUAGUUCACGUACGAAUCCCACGAGGAGGGCGAAAACAUCAUUGACGUCAUAUCGAAAGGAAAAACUCCCCCUCCCCAUAUCGAAAAUGCAUGUUUCCGAAAAUUUGUGUUGCUGAUUUGAGGUCACAAAUCACAUUUGUCUUGGAAGAAGAUAAGGGCAAAAGCUUCGUCCCCCGUUAUGGAAGCGGUUUCUCAUGCUGUUGGGCCUAAAGGGAAGCCGUUUGCCAUGCUGAACAACUAGACCGAUACGGCCCUGCAUAGCCUGGGGAUCUGGCCGCAAUGCCUCCCUGCAAUACAAAGCUGAUUGGUGUACACAGAUCCAGCAUCAGAGAUUUCGUUUUGAUAUGGGGAGGGGGAAUUUUUCCUUUCGAUACGUCACGUGGGAUCAGGACUACGACGGACAGCCGGACGUGUUGACGUACGGCAUCCCGCGGUCCUGGGAAACGGACCCGCCGAAUCUGGGGGUGAUGACCGUGACGUACUGCUGCGCGCCGGAGUUCGCGAUCAUCAAGGAAAGGUUAAAAAUGGCCCGGGAUUACGGUUGCUGGAACACAAGAGAAAACGUCGAGGAUGAUGAGGUGACUUUGAUGCACUUUAUUGCUGAUGCUGAACUACGAAGAUGCACACUCAUGCAUGCAGAUGAAGAUGACAAUGAGAGUGGCUGAAACGUCAACGUGAAUAAAAUACUACUUACGGUUGCGACCAACUACUUAGUCGCAGUAGCACGCAUGUUCUUGAAGAUCUAAAAUUUGUGUGAAGACAACAUGUCGAUCAUGAAGAAAAUACCUCCUCAGGCCGAGAUCGAGUGGUGGAUCUCCUUGGAAGAAGUGCCCGGCGUCGUUCUGGACAUGGGGCAGUACUUCCUGCAGAACUUCGACUCUCUGGCCAGCGCGUUUCGCUUUCUGGACCGCUUCCAGACACAGCAGAUCACGCUGCAGAACGUCUUGGAGAAGCUGGCAACGCUGUCGGUUUCGAAAACCUUGAUCGAAAAGGUCACGCCGUUCUUCCGGUUUCUGGACCGGGGUGGCGAGGGGACGAUCAGUUGGGCGGAGUUCAAACAGCUGAACGACCUCUGGAGCGAGAUGUUUUUAGGGCUCGAGGAGUUCUUGUUUUUCCUGCAAUUCAAGAUCACGGUCGAGAUGAAGGCGGAAAAGCGCGGCUUCAUCAUCCCCGAGGAGUUCUCGUCGAGACCCGGCACCGCCUCCAGCGGCCGCCGCCCGAAAUCCCCGAAGUCUGUUGCCGACGGCGCGUCGCUGGGGGACAGCGAAACAGCCGGGUUUCCGCGACACAAAACGAAAAAAGAGUUGAUUGAGGAGGCGCAGCGGUCGGCGGACAUCGCGGCGCGGGAGCGGCGAAAAAAAGCGGACAACCUGACGAAAAACUUGUUAAAAACGAUGAUCAUCGGGUACCCACCGAAGGUGGAAUCCAACACGGAUAAGGACAGUAAACACGACGCCGAAGUGCAGGCGACGAACUCCACUGGAAAUCUGGCCGCAGCGCAGCUCCCGCCGUUGCUCUACACGGCCUCCAACUUCCUCGACAACGACACGUUCACUUUGGCGUCGUUGCCCGAAGUGUGGGACUGGCUGGACAAGGACGGCGGAGGCAGCUUGUCCAUGGAGGAGUUUAACGCAGCGGUCGCGAAAUACCACUACCACAGGCAGAACACGCACAUGCUCUACGGCUUCAUCGACGCGGACGGCGACGAGAUCGAACGCGAGGAGUUUCUCUUCGGCUUGAAAAAGAUGAUGCAGAAGGCGCGGGCGAACGCGGGACUGGCGUCCGGGAAAAACCGCAAGGACCCCACGGUACCCAAGCCGCCACCAGUGCGAAAAUCGAAGACGAUGCCCGCACUGUCGGGGGCGGCAAAGGAAACCCCCAAAUUCGAGACCAGCAGUGACGAGGAAGAGUACUCUGAUCACGAGUCUGACCGAUCCGAACCGGAUGAAGACGCGGCGAAGGAAGGGGCUGAUCAGUUUCCCCCACCUCCGGGGGGCCCGGAAUUGUCGAAAACAACGAAUGCCAAUGCGGCCCUUUUGUCGGCGGCCAUAAACUCCUCGUAGGUGGCCGGCGCUUGUUGACAUUGUAAUUGACUGCAUGUAUACUUAGCUAUAGGCGUGGAUGAAAAACUCAACUGCGUGUGUGUGUGUGUGUCGCAAGGAAACUUGUAGGAAGACGUAGAGAAUGACAAAUAAGAAAAGUAGUUUCUGUUUUAUCUUCAGACAAUUGCAUGAUUCAACUUCACGUAAAGCUGCUGCGUACUCAUUUUCAAAAAUUGCAUAUUCUGAUUCUGUUUCUCUUUCUGUUCAUAACUCGUUUCAUCAUUUUGCACCUAGUUCUAGUUUCGUCCUUACCUUUGUACCCCAACUUCCAAGAAAAUUAUCCGAGCUAAACCUUUGUUCUGAGAGACAGCAAUUACUGUCUCGCUCUUCUUUUCGUUCAAACAAUGAGUCUACAGGCCAUUCUAACUGGUGGCACUUUGCUCUGCGACGAGAAGUAAAAACGUAGGAACUAGAGGCAUGGGCAUUGCAGCGCCUCACUACUACCUUGUGCUACUUAAACAGACAGUGUAAGUUGUAUAUUCGUUGUUUGUGCCGGAGGAUUAGACCUCAGAUUCUGAUUGUAAUUCUGUCGCACAUCAAUCGGCUCUAUCAAUCUGAAUUGGUAGCUGCAUCCUCGCUUAAAAACAAAAGACCCAUGUGCACGCGUGCUACUUGAAUAUGAAAUGUACAAACAAAAUCAAGACUAGCUGCUAAAGCGAUUUUGCGGAGAUGAAAUCCAGGAAAAGAUGGUUAUUGUGACCCAGCAACGAUCAUGUAUGGUUAUGAUAUGAACAAAAAGAUGCGCGAGUUACUGUACAUUUCGCUCGAAAAAUUUUCUAUAGUGGAACCUCUGGGCUGCAAUGUGAAUGCCAAU